AUGUUUCCAAUACUGGUUCGUGUUGCUCUGAGGAAGAAGCCUGCAGCUACAUCAUCUUCGAUUUGGUCCCUCCACAGAGUACUAUUACUAAGACCACCACCACCAUCACUGACCUCCAGCAAUCACCAUUAUCAUCAUCUCAAAAUCAACCUAACCUCCGCAGAAACCAUCAAACCGUCUUCCCCAACUCCCGCCGAACUCGCCACAUUCAACUUCAAGCUCUCCCUCAUCGACAACAUAGUCCCGCCAAUUUAUGUGCCUCUCAUCUUCUUUUUCCUUCCUGCUCCCGGAUCCACGGGAUCAAAACCCGCAGGGGAGAGAAAUUUCGAGACCCUCAAGUCCUCACUCGCCCAGACCCUCACGCGCUUCUACCCACUCGCCGGCAGGUUGUCCAAAUCCGUCGUCCAUUGCAACGAUGAGGGCGUGCCGUUCUCUUCCGCCGCGGUCGACGGCGACAUCAACGAUUCCUCCCUGGCUGAUUUUCUCAGGAGCCGAAUCGAAAUCGACUCGCUCCAGCAGUUCCUCCCUUUCCCCGCCGAAUGGAUCUCGGACCUCGAAUCGGUGCCGCAGAUCGCCUUCAGGGCCACCGCUUUCCCCUGCGGCGGCCUCGCGAUCGGUGUUUGCUCGUUGCACAAGAUCGUAGACGGCCCCACUCUGGCCGAUUUCUUGAAGCUCUGGUCCACCGUCGCCAGGAGCCAUGAGAAAACGGCGGCGGCGGCAGUAGGCGGCAGCGCGUACGCUCACAAUCGCGCUGCCACGUCACUCCUGCCGCUGCGGCACGGCGAUGUCCCCGCAACCGCAGGGGAUUUUGUGGCCCAACAAGGAGGGAAGAUCCGAACGAGGAGACUCACAUUCGAUGAAGAAGCGGUUCACGCGCUGAAAGCCAAAGCGAAGAGCGUGGAGAUACCCGACCCGACCCGGACGGAGGCGGUUGCUGGGUUUUUGUGGAAAUGCGUGAUGAGUGCAGCGGCCCGAGCUGCGUCGGCAGACGGGGCAAAACCCAGAUCGGUUGUCUCAAUCGGAGGAAUGUCGGUUAACCUCCGAUCCCGAAUGAAUGAGCCAUGGCCAGAUUACUCGAUCGGCAACAUGAUCUGGACGGCUAUGUCGUUGUACCACAACGAUCACCAAAAAGACUCUUUAGAUGAUGGAACAAAGACACUGCAAGAGCUGCCGGCAACGGUGGCAGAUGCUGCUGCUAAAAACGAGAGUAUAAUAAUGCCAUUUACAAUAACUUCCACGAUUGCACUGAGAUUCUACGAUGUUGAUUUUGGAUGGGGAAAACCUGCUUGGGUCACCAUGGCUCAAUUCCCCAACCUGAUCCCGAAUUUGGCCGUUUUGUUGCAGUCCCCCGGUGGAUAUGGUGCUGAAGUUUGGCUGACCUUGCAUGAAAAAGAGAUGGUCAUGCUGGAACAAGAAGUUGAGUUUGUUACUUAUGCUAAGAAUAAUAUGCCUGUACUUUGA